GCAGGAGCCCUUCCCGGGCGGAGGCAGCCCUCGCCGGCCCUCCUCCGCCUGCCUUCGCAGCCUCGCCGAGCAGCGCCUGCCCCGACCCGCAGCCGUCCUCAACACGGAGGCCCAGGCGCCCCAGCCAGGCGGGGAGGAGGAGGAGGAGGAGGCGGAGGAGGAGAAGGGCGAAGAGGAGGAGGAGGAAAAUGAAGCUCCUGAAGCCGACCUGGGUCAACCACAAUGGCAAGCCAAUAUUUUCAGUUGACAUUCAUCCAGAUGGGACCAAGUUUGCAACUGGAGGACAAGGACAGGAUUCUGGGAAGGUUGUGAUAUGGAACAUGGCUCCUGUCCUCAAAGAGGAAGAUGAAAAAAACGAGAAUGUUCCCAAGAUGCUUUGUCAGAUGGACAAUCAUUUAGCAUGUGUGAACUGUGUGCGAUGGUCAAACAACGGCAUAUAUCUGGCUUCUGGAGGAGAUGACAAGCUCAUCAUGAUUUGGAAGAGAGCGGCGUACAUCGGACCUAGCACAGUGUUCGGUUCCAGUAGUAAACUUGCUAACGUGGAACAGUGGAGGUGUGUCUCCAUUCUCCGGAGCCAUUCAGGUGAUGUCAUGGACGUGGCAUGGUCUCCUCAUGACGCGUGGCUGGCUUCUUGCAGCGUGGAUAACACUGUCGUCAUCUGGAAUGCUGUGAAAUUCCCAGAAAUCCUUGCCACUCUGAAGGGUCACUCUGGCUUGGUUAAGGGGCUCACGUGGGAUCCCGUUGGGAAAUACAUCGCCUCGCAAGCUGAUGACCGAAGCUUGAAGGUGUGGCGGACCAUGGACUGGCAGCUAGAAACCAGCAUUACCAAACCUUUUGAUGAGUGUGGUGGAACGACCCACGUUUUACGUCUCAGCUGGUCCCCCGACGGGCACUAUCUGGUCUCCGCUCACGCCAUGAAUAAUUCUGGGCCUACAGCGCAGAUCAUUGAGCGGGACGGGUGGAAAACCAACAUGGAUUUUGUCGGCCAUCGCAAAGCUGUGACAGUGGUGAAAUUCAAUCCGAAAAUCUUCAAAAAGAAGCAAAAGAAUGGGAGCUCAACCAAGCCUAGCUGUCCUUAUUGCUGUUGUGCGGUUGGCAGUAAAGAUCGGUCUCUCUCUGUCUGGCUGACGUGUCUGAAAAGGCCUUUGGUCGUCAUACAUGAGCUGUUUGACAAGUCGAUCAUGGACAUCUCAUGGACCCUGAACGGCCUGGGCAUCUUGGUGUGUUCCAUGGAUGGAUCAGUGGCAUUUUUGGAUUUUUCUCAAGAUGAACUUGGUGAUCCACUGAGUGAAGAAGAGAAGAGCAACAUCCAUCAGUCUACCUAUGGAAAAAGCUUGGCUAUAAUGACUGAGGCCCACCUGUCUACUGCUAUUAUUGAGAAUCCAGAGAUGUUGAAGUACCAGCAAAGACGGCAGCAGGCGGAAAAGAAGAGUGAGGCGAUAAGAGGCACAGCAGCUGCUCCUAAGGUGGCAAGCAUGAUGAAUGGGGAGAGCUUGGAGGACAUUAGGAAGAAUCUUUUGAAGAAACAAGUUGAGACCCGGACAGCAGAUGGCCGGAGAAGGAUCACACCUCUCUGCAUAGCUCAGCUGGACACUGGGGAUUUUUCUACAGCUUUUUUCAAUAGUAUUCCAAUAUCUGGAUCCUUAGCAGGCUCUAUGAUGUCAGCUUCUCAGACGAAUCAGCUCAUGUCAUUAGAUUACAAUGCAACCAAUUCCCUCGGCAUCUCUAAGCCUGCCUUAGAGCCAGUGGUGGUCAGCGUUAAACCAACUGAAGAUGCAGCCAACAAAGACGGUGUAAAUGCUACCUCUGCCUCAGCUGCCCCUCCGGCAUCUUCACCCUCUGUGCUGACAGCCUCUUCCAAGAUGGAACCAAUGAAAGCGUUUGAUUCUAGGUUCACGGAGCGAUCCAAAGCCACCUCAGGAACUACUGCCAUAACGCACACCAACCAGAUUGCCAUAGACAGACUGAAGGAGCAGAACUCAGUUAAGGACAGUAAACCCAGGGAUAUCCUAGAGAGCAGCAGCGACAGCGAGGAGAAGAUCCCAGCCAAGCCCAUGUCGCUUUCCAAGCGCAAACUGGAACUUGAAGUAGAAAAGAAGAAGAAAGGCAGACCUCGAAAGGACUCCAGGCUUAUGCCCGUCACACUCACCGUUCAGUCCCCAGCUCUUCUGGCUUCUGAGAAGGACGGCGUUUGCCACAGCACACCCGUAGCACUUAAACUGCCAACCCCAGUCCCACAGAAAUCGUUUGCAUUGCAAGUAAGCUCAGAUCCCUCCAUGUAUAUUGAAGUGGAGAAUGAAAUCACUACAGUGGGAGGCUCAAAGCUUAGCAGGUUAAAGUGCAGUCGAGAAGGAAAGGAAUGGGAGACGGUCCUCACCAGCCGGAUUCUCUCCGCAGCGGGAAGCUGCGAGGUGGUGAGUGUUGCUUGCGAGAAGAGGACCCUGUCCGUGUUUUCGGCUUGCGGCCGCCGUCUCCUCCCCCCCAUUGUCCUGCAUUCGCCCAUCUCCACGCUGCACUGCACGGGUUUCUACAUUAUGGCUCUCACCACGGCUGCAACCCUGUCUGUCUGGAAUGUUCAGAAACGGUCAGUCGUGGUGAAAGAUGAAUCCCUGCAAACGAUUUUAGCAGGAAGCGAAACCACUGUGUCUCAGAUCUUGUUGACCCAACACGGCAUCCCCGUAAUGAACAUGUCUGACGGAAAAGCGUACUGCUUCAGCCCUUCUCUGUCUUCCUGGAGCCUCGUCUCUGACAAACAGGAGACUCUAGCACAGUGUGCAGACUUCAGAACCAGUUUACCAUCCCAGGAGGCUCUGCUGUGUUCAGGACCCUUAGCCAUAAUACAAGGGAGAACGUCGAAUUCCGGCAGGCAAGCGGCACGGUUGUUCUCCAUGCCUCACUUGGUGCAACAGGAAACCACUCUGGCGUACUUGGAGAGUCAAGUUGCAGCUGCGCUGACUUUACAGUCGAGUCAUGAAUACCGCCACUGGCUCCUUAUCUAUGCACGGUAUCUAGUUAACGAAGGGUUUGAAUAUCGAUUGCGGGAAUUAUGCAAGGAUUUACUGGGUCCGGUCCACAGCUCAAGCGGAAGUCAGUGGGAAUCAACGGUUGUGGGCCUACGAAAGCGAGAGCUCCUCAAAGAACUGCUCCCCGUCAUCGGUCAGAACCUUCGUUUCCAGCGGCUUUUCACGGAAUACCAAGAGCAGCUAGACAUCUUGAGAGACAAGUAGCGUCUUCCCAGACGUUCUUCUGGCCUCUGGGAAAGUUGGAGAAAAGCAUUUAGACAGAAGUGAAAAGGGAGGGGCGGCGUACGCACCUCGAGGGGGCGGCACAAGAACCAGGCCCACGGUGUUUUAACGCGCAAAAUACCGUCCUUCUAAAAGAAGGUCGCAAGAGGAAUGUGUGGAAAUAUGGGAAUGAACAGAGUUGUCGUGGGUUUUUUCCCCCCGAGUGGAAUUUGGGCACGGCAGCUGUGGCCUGUGGUGGCCAUGGAAAAGCUGUGGGGAAUGGUCUUCGGGUUCCUUUUGAUUCCAGAUCCCAUAGUGACAAAUAUCAAAGAAGCUAUUUGGGAGCUGCUUGGAUUUAGGAUAUCCUGUGAAAAAGCACAGUACAAGAAGAUAAACUGAAUAUCACAUUAGCCCUUGUUCCAGGGUUCUUUGCUAAGGAUUUAUUGUGGCUCUGUCCUGUAUUUGGGUUAUAUAAGGAGGCCCACAAAAGAAAAUCUCAUAAACUACUUAAGGAAUUAUGCAGCCAACAGACUCUUAACUGUGAAUAACAAUUAAAAAAAAGUAAAAACAAAUUACAGGCUGUUCUAUCACAUGGACUAUUUUUGUACUAGAAUUUGCUAACUUGUAAUAUGAACCUUUUAUUUGGCCAAUAACUAAGAAUUUGCCCUUACCAAGCCACCUGGUUGUAUGAAACUUAACUCGUUAAUUAUGACAGCUCUGUUGCUGAAUAAUUGUACCAAAAUUAAUGUCAUCUGGUUUUUAAUUUUUAACUCUUUGUAAAAGGCAUUUUGCGGGGAUGGAAGCGGGUGGGGUGGGCGGUAGCUAAAAAGGAAGGGUUGGAUUUUUGGGGUGG